AUGAAUCUUAUUCUUUUAGUCCUGGUUGCUACAAUCGCCUUAGCGAAACCUAAAAUCCCGAUACCAACCGAAGAGCAAGUUCAGUGGCUGGAGCGUGGAAUAGCCGGCUUUAUUCAUUUCGGUGUGAACACGUAUACUGAUAUGGAGUGGGGUCUGGGAGACGAGGAUCCCAAGAUAUUCAACCCGGUGAAGCUCAAUACGACGCAAUGGGUCGAGGCGUUCCAAUCGAUUGGAGCCAACGAGAUCAUUCUGGUCACCAAGCACCACGAUGGCUUCAUGCUGUUCCCCUCGGAGUUUUCGAACCACUCCGUGAUUAGCAGUACCUGGAGAGAUGGAAAGGGCGACGUUGUCCGCGAGUUUGUCGACUCCUGCCGCCAACUCGGCGCCAUCCCUUCCUUCUACCUCUCUCCCUGGGACCGCUACUUCUACAACAUGACCUGGAAGCCGGAGUACAACGAGUACUACUCCAAGACGCUCGAUGUUCUCACAUCGCGCUACGGCCCCAUCUACGAGCUCUGGUGGGACGGCGCGAACGCCCAAGAGCAUAUGACGCACCUCUACGACUGGCAGGGCUGGUACAACAUCCUGAAGCGCAAUCAGCCGCAAUGUCUGGGCGGCGGCUGCGGCGGAGACAACCACUCCUUCGACUGCGGCCCGGACAUCUCCUGGGGCUGGACGGAGUCGGGCAUGGGCAACGAGGAGAACUGGCACGUGCACGAGCCCUCGGUGGAGUUCCCGGGCGAGGAGCUGGUCUUCGCGCCGCUGUAUCUGGACGUCUCCAUCCGUCCCGGGUGGUUCUACCACGCCAACGAGCAGCCCAAGACGCUGGCGGAGCUGGUGCACAUCUACUUCCUGAGCGUGGGGCGGAACUACCAGCUGCAGCUGAACGUGCCGCCGAACCGCGACGGCCUGUUCGACGAGCGCGACGUGCAGCGCCUGCGCGAGUUCGGCGAGUAUCUGGACCGCACGUUCUCGCAGGACGAGGCGUGGAAGGCGACGGAGGCGCGCGCGUCGUCGUUCGAGCCGGGCUAUCCGGCGGCGAACGUCGUGGCGAACGACAAGUUUUUGUACUGGAAGCCGGCCGGCGAGGUGGCGAGCGGGUGCGUGGAGCUGCUGUUCGAGUCGCCGGUGAGCUUCAAUGUGGUGAUGACGCAGGAGUUCUUGCGGCACGGGCAGAGAGUGGCUCAUUACACGAUCGCGGUGCUGGAGAAUGGGGAGUGGAAGGAAGUGGCCAAGGGAACCACGAUCGGAGUGAAGAAGCUGAAUGUUCUGGAGAAGACGGUAACGACGACGGGAGUGCGAUUGACUGUGCUGGACACGUGGAAUGACUACGUGCCGGAAAUCAGCAGAAUCGGACUGUUUAACUCGGAGUUGUAUUGGAUUGUUUGUGAAAAACGUGAGAAAGGGGAGGAGUGUGUGGAGAAAUCUGGCUAA